UUAACAUUCUGGUCUUGAGCAUGAUUCGUGAACUCUGUAUGCAAGGUGAUGUCAAAUGGAACAUUUUUGAUGAACAUUUUCUCGCGCUCAGCAGCUUUCACCAACUUUGGUUCACCAACUUUGGAAGACCAUUUGCUGAGGCCUGUAAAACAUUAAAGGUUCGUGACUGGGCGAAAAAUUCAAUCGGUAAAUAUAUAUUUGACAAAGCAUAAAAAAAAUGCCCCUACGUAAUGUGAGCAAACUUCUAAUAUUGCCCCGCCUCAUUCUGUUUAUAAUGUUAAAAUUUCUCUAUUUUCCUUAACCUUUUUAUCGCAUGAUCAGAAUUUUAUGCAGAAAUUACAUCAGUAUGUUUUGAUUUCAUUUUUCUUACCUUUUCGAUGCGCUGGAGACCCAUCAAAUAAUCAAAGCUACCAUCGUCGUUCGAUGUAAGGCAGUUUAAUGUUGUGCACAUGGUAAAUUAGAAAUUAGUAAACCUCAUAUGUUCUUUGGUGUACCUGGAAUGGCAACAAACAGAAUGUUCGAGGGGAUGUUUGAGAGCUUAAAGACAUACAAACCGAGAUACGUCUUCAUCAAUCUAGGAGGGAACGAUAUCACAGAUUCAUGCAACCCCCAUGAUAUAUAUCUGAAUAUUAUCAACAUUGUAGAAGAACUGUAUAACUGUGGAGUGGAACGCGUUUUUGUUGCAAGUAUAGUGGAGAGAGGAAAAUUUCCCAAGUGGACUGGUUUAAAUCACAAAUUUUUCAACGUAUACAGAAGAUCUGUGAACAAAAAGUUAAAGAAAUAUUUUGCACGUGAUUUUGUGCAAAUUGGUAAAAGACUGAUCUAUUCGAGAUAUUAUGAUUUGGACUUAGUACAUCCAGGAAAUAGACAAGGAGGAAUGAAGCUAUUCAAGCAUGAGGUGUUGAAAGCAUUCAAAAAGACAGGACACUGUUAGUGUAUAUCACCAAAUAUCAUUAAUUUUAUGUUUUAUGCGUGUAAUAAUAUAUUUGUAUGUAGCUAUUCUUAUUAUAUAUAUAAUAUAAAUUCAGCAAUGCUUUUGUAUUGAAAUAAUCCUAUUAGCGCUUUAAUAAACUUCAGAAGCUUCAACAUUCCCGUUUGUGUUUUUAAAAAAUGUCUACCUACGCGUAACUGCUAAACGGCUGUUUUCAUGGGGGCAUUUUUAGAGGGUGAUGUUUCUCAGAACAGAUUAUUUUUCCUAUAUUCAUCAUAACAUGUCAAUAUUUUUCUAUUUUUUAAAAGAAGACAUGUUGUACUAAAUGAUCAUAUAUGGUUUUCGUAUCAUUGAAAUGCUCUAAAGUACUGAAAAUGAGGUCUGAAUAUUUUGUUAUUAAUAUGAAAUAAAUAAGGAAUUGAAAAGGUAGAAUGUUACCUAUAACAAUGCCAUAUAAGAAUAGACAAUAAAAGCACGAACACCCAGGUGGCAAUCAGCAGCAUUAUAUUACGCACUAUACUAUUACUACGGCAGACUUCUUUUAUUAUCAAAGUGAUAUGGAUUUGGAGUUGUCCGUCUGACUGUUGGAGAGUGCUUCCGUAGAUUUAAACUUCGAUCGUCGAGAUGGCUGGAAAUUCAACGUGAGCUCUAAA